AAUUGUAGAAAAUUGAGGUUAUAAGACAAAACAGUGAUAUUUUCCUCAAUUUAAAUAAAUGAACUAUUGUUUUUAGUUAUAAUUUUUUAUUAAGAAAUCUGCUUCACGUUCAUGGCAUCAUGAAGAAAAUACCGGAGCAGAAGUUGCAAGCGUUCUCUGCUGGCUCAAUGGGAUCCAGAAAUCUGUCAAAGAAAGAGCUAGAAGAAUUACGGAAAAAGGAAGAAGAGGAAGCUGCUGCUCAUGUGUUUAAAGAGUUUGUGGAGACAUUUCAAGAGGCGCCCAGCACUACCUCAAAGGUUUGGGUAAAAGCUGGAACUUACGAUGCUGGUGCUAGAAAGGAAGACACUUCGGAGCGAGGUAAGCUCUACAAGCCGACCUCGAGGUUUGAGGACAAGCGGCCCAGCGCCGAGGAAGUGGUGCGCAGCCUGGCGCAGCGCUCCAGCGAGCAGACCAGGCUCCGGGCCAAGCAGAGCAAGGAUAAAAAGAAGAGCAAUCUUGAACUGUUUAAGGAGGAGUUGAGAAUGAUCCAAGAGGAGCGUUCAGAACGGCACAAAUACAAGAAUGUACUGCGAGAAAGGGGUGCUCCCGUGGGGGCCGAACCGGCGUCGCUGGAGCUCCUGCCCGACGUCGGCUCUUACGAUACCGGAGAUCCCAAUACAACCAAUUUGUACCUGGGCAACCUCAAUCCUAAGAUAACAGAGCAGCAACUAAUGGAGAUCUUUGGUCGCUACGGGCCGCUAGCAAGUAUCAAGAUCAUGUGGCCUCGCUCGGACGAGGAGAAAGCUCGCGGCCGUAACUGUGGCUUCGUUGCCUUCAUGAGCCGUCGCGACGGCGAACGAGCUCUGCGAUGUAUCAACGGCAAGGAGAUAAUGAGCUACGAGAUGAAACUGGGGUGGGGUAAAGCCGUGGUGAUACCACCGGUUCCCAUCUACAUUCCGCCGUCUCUACAAACGCCGUGUCAACCGCCGCCUCCCUCCGGCCUGCCGUUUAACGCUCAACCCCCCAAACAUAGAGCCAACAAGAUACCACGAGUGCGGCCGGGCGAGUAUUACCCGAGCGACCCGGACGAUAGGAAGGCCUACGAGGAGAUACUUUCACAGUCGAUAGUCAAAGUAGUGAUUCCAACUGAAAGAAACAUCCUAAUGCUAAUCCACCGCAUGGUCGAGUUCGUGAUCCGCGAGGGUCCCAUGUUCGAAGCCAUCAUCAUGAACAAGGAGAUGAACAACCCGUUCUUCCGGUUCCUGUUCGAGAACCAGUCCCCGGCACACGUCUACUAUCGAUGGAAGUUGUUCUCUAUGCUGCAGGGUGACUCGCCUAAACAGUGGACUAAUAAUGACUUUAGGAUGUUCAAAGGCGGUUCAGUAUGGCGUCCCCCGGUCAUGAACCUGUAUACUGCGGGCAUGCCGGACGAGUUAGUCGACGAGGACGAAUCUAAAGAGAACAUACGAGGGACGCUGUCUAAUAACCAACGCGAUCGGCUGGAAGAACUAAUCCGCGGGCUGACUCCCACGCGCUCGGCCAUCGGGGAAGCCAUGGCGUGGUGCCUCGAGCACGCAGAAGCAGCCGGCGAGGUGACGCAAUGCCUGGCUGAAUCGCUGACCGGCGAGCACACGGCGCCGCACAAGCGCGUCGCCAGACUGUACCUGCUGUCCGAUAUACUGCACAACGCGCAAGCGAAACUGACCAAUGCUAGUGCGUUUAGGAGCGCAAUCCAAUCUCGCCUCCUCGAAGUAAUGCGCGACUGCCAUCUCGCCUGGUCGCGCAUGCCUUCCCGCUUACAGCAGGAAGGGUUCCGCGCGCGCGUUACACGGAUCCUGCAGGCUUGGGCCGACUGGGCCGUGUACCCGGCUGACUUACUACUAGCUGCUAGCGACGCUUUCCGCGGACGGACCACGGACAAGUUUAUUCAGCAGGUGGAGAUGGAGAACAUAGACGGCGUGUCGGACGGGGUCGGGCGGCUCGUCGCCCGCAUCCGGCGGCUCGUGGUCGGCGGCGGCGCGGGCCCGCUGGACGGCGCCGCGCUGCGCCGCCUCGCCGCCGGACGCCAGCCGCCCGCCGCCGACAUCGACGGCGUGCCGGUGGAAGAAGACGAAGACAUCGACGGCGUACCGCUAGAAGUAGAAAAAUCCCGACCAGUCGGAGGUUUCAUCCCCUCCAAAUGGGAGAGCGUGGAGCCCACAGACACGUGGCCUGAACCCGCGCAGCCCCCGCCUGCACCUUCCAUCUCUCCCAUACCGCCAGAUACACCCACUACCAUCAGCACCGCCAACACGUCAAUGUCAGAAGAACUCUCGCUAAAGCGCUCCGUACUCCGAGACAUCGAAGUCAAAGUGCUGAAGUAUGCGGACGAGUUGGAAGCCGGGCAUCGCGCGCGCCGCCCCGGCCUCACGCCGCAACAACAGCUGCAGCACUACCGGAGAAAGCUUAUCAAGAAGGCGUCCCGAGAAGCGAAAGAGGCGGUAGAAGAAACGCUAGAAUCGCCCUCACCGAGGCGGCGGCUGUCGCCAGAAGACGACUCAUACUCGACUUCAUCGAAAAAGUCGAAAAAAUCUCGCGACGCAUCCCUGUCGCCACCUGUGAAGAGAUCGCGGCACAGCGACCGCAAGUCCCGUUCCCGCUCGCGCGACCGCGAACGUUCGGGCGAGCGCCGCGAGCGCGAGCAUCGCCGCCGCCGCUCGCCCGCCACUCCACCCUCGCACCACCACAGAAAACACGCCAAGCACUCCAAAUAUAAAUAUUAGAAGGUUAACGUAUCAGAAAAGGAUGGUGAUAUAAAUAGCUACAGUACAUAACCAGCAUGCCAAUAAGAGCCUCUAAGUUUUCGACGUUUUAGAAAACGAUAGCGUGCAGAUUAAAUAACUCGCGUAAGAGGGCCGGUAGCGGCUGGAUUCAUAAAUCAGAAGACCUGUCUGUUUGUCUGUGAAGAAGUUGACUAAUGAUGACUCGAUGGUUAAAGUCGAGAAACUGAAUAACCACAAAACAGUCACUAGAACCAAAAAUUAAAUAAAUUAUCCGUAACGAUUACGCUAUCGAGUAGAUAACAAAAAUAAACUCAUGUUAAAGCUUUAAGAACAAGUUUGUACUCGUACAUAGUUACUCACGGUGGAUGUGUAUUUUCAAAAGAAGUAAUCAUGAGAUGUACCGUUGGUAGUGACAGAUUUAUUGGGAUUACUAACUGCUGAACAUUUUGUAAGAAUACACUGUGUAUUUGUAAAUAUAAGAUGAAUUAAAAUAAAUCGUGUGCAGAAGUGAUUUAUGUUUUGACAUUUCGAAAGUCACCAAAAACCGACGCAUUUUUAUUACGAUGUGAAACUAGCACACUUUGUUUGCUUAGAGAUAUCUUUUACUUCUAAGUCGGUGAAUGAAUGAGCGAAUGGUGUUUUAUGCAUGAUGUGAUGUAUGUGUGAGGAUUUUUGUAACAGUUUAGCUCAAUAUACUUACAUGUAAUGCUAAGUUGUCAAGGUAAAUGAAAUUACAACUUAUGAUUGUAAAAUUUUAUUUAAAUAAACAUUUAAUUUGA